AUGUCGAAGGAGACAGAGACCAAGGAGAAGAGCCGGCCCGUUCUACGACGGAAUCCACCGAUCUGGUCCGUGACGCGCCAAGAGCUCUGCGAAACGCUGCCGUACUAUCGAACCUACCACUCUGGCUGCUACUUUACCUCGGCCCCACGACCUGCCUGGUUUGACGCCCACAAACCCACAGCUCAGGGUGCGCCGUCCUCUGCUCCUGAAGGCAGUACUAGCACGGCGACAGUGGCGCUGCACAGGGACAUAACGCCCUACGCCUACCUCCUCGGAGGUUUUGGCGCGCCCAGGGACCUCUGGCAUGCAGAGGGACGAGUCGUCAUCUCGCACGGCGGAGGCAAGUCGGGCCGUCCAGACUCGUCGUCUGGAACCGAAGUAGAGGGAGAUGGGAGAGAGGAAAAGAGCUCUGUUCCAUGUGGGAAAAGGAGAAAGAGAAAUGGAAAGCCUCAAGCACGGCUCAAGCUUCUCAGCGAUCAGUCGAGUUCCGACGCCAGGGUGGCGGCACUGCUCAGUUCGAUGCGAGACAAGGCACCAGUGGUAUUGAUUAUGGGAAAGGACUACCCGCUGGCGCAUUUCAGGCUGAGGGAGGACAUUUCAUUUGCAGUGCUUGCCUGGUACUACAUUACCGAUGGCUGGGGUGAGAGGGCAGACGGCGAGGGCGAGGAGGACGACCAGGGGGAGGCUGCAGUCAGGUGGAAAUUCCGAUUUGAAGUGAGGCUAAUGUAG